AGUCCUCCCAGCGCCUGGAGCUCCGAGUGGAUGUGAUCUCGAGUCACACGCGCACUCAGACUGUCAGAGAGAGAGAGAGAGGACACAUCCAGACUCACUCUGUGUACAGCGCCGACAACGCACAGCCAUGGAGACCCCAGGUCACAAGCGGACAACCCGGAGCGCCCAGUCCUCCACGCCGCUCUCCCCCACCCGGAUCACCCGGCUGCAGGAGAAGGAGGACCUGCAGGACCUCAACGACCGCCUGGCCGUUUACAUCGACAAGGUGCGUUCCCUGGAGUCUGAGAACGCGGGGCUGCGGCUGCGCAUCACCGAGUCCGAGGAGGUGGUGAGCCGGGAGGUGUCCAGCAUCAAGGGAGCGUACGAGACGGAACUGGCCGAUGCCCGCAAGACCCUGGACUCCGUGGCCAAGGAGAGAGCCCGGCUCCAGCUGGAACUCGGCAAAAUCCGCGACGAGUAUAAGGACUUGAAGGCACGGAAUUCCAAGAAGGAGGCCGACCUGUUGGCAGCCCAAGCCCGCCUUAAGGAUUUGGAGGCUCUUCUCAAUUCUAAGGACGCUAACUUGACCACAGCCCUCAGCGAGAAGAGGACUCUGGAGGCAGAGCUGAGGGAGCUCAGAGGCCAGCUUUCUAAGCUGGAGGGCGCUCUGGCCGACACCAAGAAGCAGCUACAGGAUGAGAUGCUUCGCCGAGUAGAUGCAGAGAACCGAAACCAGACCCUCAAGGAGGAGCUGGAGUUCCAGAAGAAUAUCUACAGUGAGGAACUGCGAGAGACCAAGCGCCGCCACGAGACACGUCUGGUGGAACUCGACAGCGGACGCCAACGGGAGUUCGAAAGCAAGUUGGCAGAUGCCCUGCAGGAGAUGCGUGGCGAGCAUGAGGGGCAGAUCAACCUGUACAAGGAGGAGUUAGAGAAGACAUACAAUGCCAAGGUGGAGAACUUCAAGCAGUCGGCGGAGAGGAACAGUAAUUUGGUAGGAGAGGCGCAUGAGGAGAUCCAGCAGAGCAGGAUCCGCAUCGACAGCCUGUCGGCUCAGCUCAGCCAGCUGCAGAAACAGCUAGCGGCCAAAGAGGCGAGGUUACGGGACCUGGAGGACGCCUUGACCAGGGAGCGAGACAGCAGCAGGCGAAUCCUGUCUGAAAAAGACAAGGAGAUGGCUGAGAUGAGGGCGCGCAUGCAGCAGCAGCUGGACGAGUACCAGGAACUGCUGGACAUCAAGUUGGCGCUUGAUAUGGAGAUCCACGCGUACCGCAAACUGCUAGAGGGGGAGGAGGAGAGGCUGCGUCUCUCCCCGAGCCCGACAUCGCACAAGAGGACUUCACGAACCAGCGUGGCGCAUUCUGCCGCCCACAGCUCCUCUUCUGCUUCAAAGAAAAGGAAGCUGGAUGGAGGAGAGUCAAGAAGCACCACUUACACUCAACACGCACGCACCAGCGGCAAGGUGUCCGUCGAGGAGGUCGACCAGGAAGGGAAGUUUGUUCGCCUGAAGAACAAAUCCAGCGAGGACCAGUCACUCGGCAGCUGGCAGAUUAAACGACAGAUCGGAGAGGAAACCCCCAUCGUGUACAAGUUCCCUCCACGUACCACGUUGAAGGCUGGGCAAGUGAUGACGAUCUGGGCUGCUGGAGCUGGAGUGGCCAAUAAUCCUCCAAGUGACUUGGUUUGGAAGUCCCAGAACUCCUGGGGAACAGGCGACAGCAUCCGCACCGCUCUGCUGACCUCCAGCAAUGAGGAGGUGGCAAUGCGCAAGCUUGUGCGCACUGUGGUCAACGACGAAGAUGACGAUGACGAGGAUGAUGAUGAUGACGAGGACGUUCACCAUCACCACCACCACCAUCAGGACGGCCAUAAUUCUACCGGAGACCCCGGAGAAUACAACCUCCGCUCCCGCACCAUCAUGUGCACCACCUGUGGGCGACCCGCUGAUAAAGGGGGCGCCCAGAACUCCGGGAUAGCCGGCGGCGCAAGCAGCUCCUCUUCAUCCAGCGUCACCCUUACCAGAACCUACCGCAGCAUGGGAGGUGCCGGCGGGGGCAGCGGACUCGGGGAGAGCCUCGUCACCCGGUCUUACAUCCUGGGUAACGGCGACCAGCGUGCGCAGGUCUCUCCGCAGAGCUGCAGUAUAAUGUAACCCCCCGAAGCCCAGCUCUACGUCCAGGCAAAGAAAAAAAAUCUCUAUUUUCCUGGCUUUUUUUUUUACAAAAAGGUUAUUUUCUACAGAAUUUUUAUAAGGGAACUUUUUUUUUUUUUUAAACUCCUUAUCGUCUGUAUCUGUUACACGACGGGAUGGCUGGAUCCUGGCGCCAACCCUCGGCGAGACGUCGGCUGCAGUCGGUUCUCAACCAACGCGGACCUGUCCUCUCUGGCAGAGACCGAA